CCUGUCUAGGUAAGUCAGAAGGAGGUCAAAAGGAGAAGAAAACAGUAGGCGGCCGGAGACUGGUCUCUUUCUCCAUCUCUGCCCUUUGAAGCCAAAGGGUAGCCCUUUCCUCUCAUCAGCCCCCACCCCACGGAAGGCCCAGCCUGGGACAUUCUUCACUUCCCUUCGCUUCCCCUCUGGGAGCCCCUUUUGCCACCCCUGCACCUUGCUUCGGGCAAUGCCCGAGAGGGAGCUGUGGCCAGCAGGGCCUGGCUGGGAACCCGUGACCCGCGUCGGCAGCUGCGACAGCAUGAGUGACAGCAGCUACGACUUCCUGUCAGCAGAAGAGAAGGCGUGUCUGCUCUUCCUGGAGGAGACGAUCGGCUCGUUGGACACCGAGGGUGACAGCGGACUGUCCACCGAUGAGUCUGAGCUGGUCCCAACGCCCCGCGGCUUCCGAGCGCCGCCCAAAACCCAGCCUGCCCCCAAGGGAAAUCCAAAGGAGGCGAUCGCUGAGCAAAGACCAGAGCCAAGGACAGUGACCCAGGCCAGCUCGUUCCAUCCUCCUGAGCCCCAAGGUCUGGGCCUCAGGUCUGGCUCCUACAGCCUCCCCAGAAAUAUCCACAUUGGCAGAAACCAGAACCUCGGCGAAAGCACCAGCCAGACUAACAGCCACGCCCCCGGAGAACCUGCAGGGCUCCCAGCAGUUAAACAGCCAGGCAGCCGGCUGAACGGUGAGCCCAGGCCAGGCCCUGCCGGCCCCCGGGAGGCUGCCCCUGAUUUGGACGUGGCGCCCAUCCCCCCACCGGAAGCUUUCCGGGACGCGCAGCCAGAACAGCGUGAGGAGGACCACCUGCCCAAGAGGCCAGGAGAGCAGAGUCAAGCACCCCACGCCCGGAAGACGGAGGAGACUUCUUCAGAAGCCAUGUCCCACAAAGCCAAUGAGAGAGGCUCCGUGGGGCACCCCCAGCCCCUGGCAUCAGCGAGCGAUCCGGGCGCCCAGCCAGCUUCCCUGGCUGCCCCAAAGCCCCGGAAGCUGCCGCCUAACAUCGUCUUGAAGAGCAGCCGGAGCAGUUUCCACAGCCAACCCCAGAACUGGCUGUCUCGCCACACCGAGGCUGCCUCGGGGGAGUCCGGCCUGGGCCCCUCUUCACUGCAGGAGCAGAGAAAAGCACGCAGAGAGGCGCUGGAGAAGCUGGGGCUGCCCCAGGACCAAGAGGCGCCCGGCCUCCACCUGAGCAAGCCCGCCAGCUCCUUCAGGCUCAGGGAGCCUCGUGCUCAGGGCCCUGCCCCAGGCGCAGCCCCGGGUCCUGCUCAGCCUGCGGCUCCAGUUCAGGUCUCAGCAGCUGCGGGGAAGGCUCCGGCUCCAGCUCCAGUUCCGGCUCUGUCUCGGGGACCUGUGCCAGCAAAGGCUCCGACUCCGGCUCCAGCUCAGGGGUCUUCUCCUAGCAAGGCUUGGACACCUGCCCAGGAAACCCCUCCAGGGAAGGUGGCAGCUGCCAAGUCCAUGCCGAUUCCUAUCCCAAAGGCCUCGAGGGCAAACAGUCCUCUGACUCAGCCCAAGCCAGAUUCAGGGCUAACUCUCCAGGACAGCAGCAUCCCGGGGCUGAGACAGAUGAACUUCAAGUCCAAUACUCUGGAGCGCUCCGGGGUGGGGCUGAGCAGCUACCUGUCAGCUGAGAAAGACCCCAGCCCCCAAACCAGCACUUCUCUGGGAAAGGGCUCCUUGAUGGACAAGAUCUCACCCAGCGUCCUGCGCAAUUCCCGGCCACGCCCCGCCUCCUUGGGCACCGGGAGGGACUUUGCAGGAAUCCAGGUGGGCAAGCUGGCCGACCUGGAGCAGGAGCAGAGCGCGAGGCACCUCUCCUACCAAGGCCAGAGCCGGGACAAGCUUCCCCGGCCUCCGUGCAUUAGCGUCAAGAUCUCCCCAAAGGGCCUCCAGGAUGAGCACAGAAGGGAGGCUUUGAAGAAGCUGGGACUGUUGAAGGAGUAGGUGCAGAAGCCAGGGCUGCCAGCCCUAGCCGUGCCCCUCUGCGCGAGAAGAGACUCCAGGCUCUCCUUCGGAGCCAUGGACAGCUCACACACAGGCUUGGCCAGGCGUGGGCUCCUCCUCCGAGUGAUGACGAGGGAGAGAUUUGAGUCUGAGCAUAUGCUGCACUGGGGGUGCUUGUUCACUAAGUUCCUGUGCUCACGCACACACACUCACAUUGUAUGAUAGGCUGUAUAUACCCCUGUAGCUAUUUAUACAGAGUUCUGCUCUCCUUGGAGAUUUUCUGCGUUGGGUCAAGUUCAGCCCAGCCAGAACCAAUGGAGGUGGGUGGCCAGAAGCAAAGUCAAGUGAGAUUGUGGAUAUGCCAAUGACUGCAAAAAACACUACAUUUGGCAAGGCCAGGGGCCCAUGAAAUGUGGGCCUGAAGAACCCCUACAGCAAAUGGAGACUGACUUUGCCUUGCCAGACCCUUUCUCGGCUCAGGCUCUCUGGACAAGGCCCGGUGCCAGGAGGAGCUGCUUUGUUAUCUCUUCACCCACUGCCUUCUCGGGAUCACCACUCCCAAGGAUGAGGCGCACUGCUGUAACCAAGCCUCUUGGUUGACUGACAGCAGACAGCCCCUGUUGGUCUGAGAAGGCACGGUAAGUGCCGCACACACCGUGCCUCCCCCAGGGAGAGUCCCCGUCCUUGGGCUCCAUACAUUCCGCGAUACCCUGUGCUGUGGUCCAAGACUCUCAAAUCCCUGUUCUUCCUGCUCUCCUGCUCCCCAACUCCGGGGCUCUGUCAACACAGAACAGAGAGCCCCGCCCGGAGACUUUGUAAAUACCUAAGAUCUUGUCCGUGUGACUGCGGGUCGUUUUUAAAUGUCCUCUACUCCAGUGGUGGGAAAUCGGCCCAGGACCUUUGCCUGCUGUUCACCUGCUCUCAGAGCCGGGAGCUGUCUUGGAAAAGCUUCGCCAUGGGGGAAGAGAAGUGGCUCAUCCACAGUCACUCUGACACUUAGUCCCGGAGCUGAGACUGCACGCUGGGGCUGCUGACUCCCGUCCCGUGGACACUCGGGGUGCUGCCACCCCUUAACCAGUGCUCUCGGACAUCUGCACAGCCCCCGAAGGGUUGCUUCUCACCAUCAAAGACUCAAACCUGAGUUCCUGCAAGAUCCUAAACUCCCUUCUGAAGGACCGGAGAUUAAAUGCUGUUCAGGGUAA